AUGAUAUUCAAAGUUCCUCUCUGUGUAUGCCCUGGCUGCAGCGAAAAAUGGUUUAUCCAGCUUGCUUACAUUCUUCUUGAAGGUUUGCACUUCUGCCAUCCUUUUAUUGAAGCAUCUAGUGUGACAAAUAAGUACUUGAAGCUGUUGUCUUCCUCUGUUUGCAUGUGCACUAUUGUUCCGGGAUUAGUUUUUUGUAGCAUGUGCAAAAAACUUGGCAGCAACUUGUAUGAUUCGUUGGCUUUUCCUCAUUGGAUUGAUGGAGGUUUCUUCAUCGUCUCUGUUCGUGACGUGCGGCUUAAGCUCGUAUCGAAAGCUCCCUACAGGAUGGCACCUGCAGAGCUGAAAGAGUUAAAAGUUCAAUUACAGGGGAUGAUGGGAGAGGAGGAUAUUCCCAAGACAGCUUUUCGGACCCGGUAUGGUCAUUAUGAAUUCAUGGUAAUGUCCUUCGGAUUAACAAAUGCCCCGGCAACAUUUAUGGAUUUGAUGAACCGAGUGUUCAAAGAUUUUCUGGAUGAUUUUGUUAUUGUCUUUAUCGAUGAUAUUCUAAUUUAUUCAGACUCGGAAGAGACUCACGAAAGACAUCUUCGAAUGGUAUUACAACAUCUCAGGGAGCAUAAGUUGUAUGCCAAGUUUAAGAAAUGUGAAUUUUGGUUACCUCAGGUGAGUUUCUUGGGGCAUGUGGUGAGUAAAGAUGGUAUUUUAGUGGAUCCAGUAAAGAUUGAAGCGAUUCGUGACUGGCCUCGACCUAAGUCAGCAACUGAAGUUAGAAGUUUCCUGGGGUUAGCAGGGUAUUACCGAAGAUUUGUUGAGGGCUUUGCAAAGAUCUCUACGCCUUUAACUGAGUUGACCCGAAAGAAUUGUAAGUUUGUUUGGACUGACAAGUGUGAAGGUAGUUUCCAGGAAUUGAAGCAAAGGUUGAUUACCGCUCCUGUGCUAACCUUACCAAAAAGUGAUGAAAAGUUUGUGAUUUAUUGUGAUGCAUCCAAACAAGGGUUAGGUUGUGUUCUUAUGCAGUCAGGGAAAGUGAUUGCUUAUGCAUCCAGGCAAUUGAAGGAGUAUGAACAACGAUAUCCUACCCAUGAUAUUGAAUUGGCAGCGGUUGUCUUUGCACUAAAAGUUUGGCGUCACUAUCUAUACGGUGAGAAGUGUGAAAUUUAUACAGAUCACAAAAGCCUCAAGUACUUUUUCACUCAGAAGGAUUUAAAUAUGAGGCAACGACGAUGGUUAGAACUGGUCAAAGAUUAUGACUGUGAGAUUCUCUACCACCCUGCAAUGGGUACUAAGUUGAAAUUCAGUACAGCUUUUCAUCCUCAAACUGAUGGUCAAUCUGAAAGAACUAUCCAGAUACUUGAGGAUAUGUUGAGGGCAUGUAUAAUGGACUUUGAAGGUUCUUGGAACAAGUACCUACCUCUGAUUGAGUUUUCUUAUAACAAUAGUUAUCAGAGUACCGUUGGCAUGGCUCCGUAUGAGAUGCUUUAUGGAAGGAAAUGUCGAUCACCUAUUCACUGGGAUGAGGCUGGUGAACGUAGGUACCUUGGACCUGAAGCUGUCCAAAGAACGAGCGAGGCUAUUGAAAAGAUUCGAGCUCGUAUGCUUGCUUCCCAAAGUAGACAGAAAAGCUACGCAGAUCCAAAGCGUAGAGAUGUUGAAUUCCAAGUUGGGGAUUUUGUUUUUCUUCGGGUGUUCCCAAUGAAGGGAAUUCGAAGGUUCGGGAAGAAAGGAAAGUUGAGUCCCAGAUUUAUUGGUCCAUUUGAGAUUCUUGAGAAAGUAGGUCAGGUAGCUUAUCGGUUGGCUCUACCUCCUGCUUUAUCUGGGGUUCAUAACGUGUUUCAUGUCUCGAUGCUUCGGAAAUAUGUAUCUGAUACAACUCAUAUUUUAAGUUAUGAAGACAUUGAGCUUCAAACCGACUUGUCAUAUGAAGAACAACCAGUACAGAUAUUAGAAAGGAAAGAAAAGGUGUUGCGAAACAAGACUAUUUCACUAGUCAAAGUGUUGUGGCGGAACAGCAAAGUUGAAGAAGCGACUUGGGAAUUAGAGUCGCAGAUGCGGGAGUUGUAUCCCGAGCUUUUCAGGUAAAUUUCGAGGACGAAAUUCCUAUAAGUGGGGGAUAGUUGUAAUAUCCCAGAAAAUAAAUAAUAUUUAAAUGGACAUAUUUUAUUAAAUAUGUAAUUACUUGGAAAAUGAAGUAGGAUUAUGAUCUUACUUAGGUAAAUUGUUGUGAAAUUAUUUAAUGAAAUACGUUAUUUUGGGCCCGGUAAUUGUGGAAUUUUAGCUAUGUGGUUAGUAAUGUCACGACAUUAAAUGAAAGAAUUAUUUUGAGAAUAUCCCGGAUUAAGUUAGAAUUUUAUUAGAAUGUCGGAUUGGGGAAUUAGUAAAAUUACCAAAAUGCCCCUAGGGUUUUUUUUUUAAGAAUUUAAUAUUUAAGAGGGGUAGAUUAGUAAUUUAGGUGUUGGUUUUUGUUUUAUUUUGUAGCUGCCUAUAUUUUUUUUAAAAAAAAAAAAGAAGAAAACAAAGUAUUUUAAAAGGAAGAGGAAGCUUUCUUCCAAGACAAGUAACAUAUUUUUCUCAACCUUCUUCUCCUCUUCCUUCGAGCAGCUGAAACCAGCCACUAGGGGGAUUGUUUUGCUUCAGCCAACUGCAAUUUUCAGAGCUAAACUCCACCUUCAAGUCAACCUUGCACCCUAGGUAAGUUCAUCUUUAAGUUUUGGUGUUUUUCUUAGGUUUCUAAGCUAGGGUUGUGAUUUUUUUUGAAAGUUUUCAAAGCUGUAGGUUUAGUGAAGGUUUAGGUUUGUUAUCCAAGUUGAAUAAGGUCUGUUAAUGCAUGUUUGAAUUGAAUUCAUGGCUGUUGGGAUUGAUUGGUGAGUGAGGAAGCUAAAAGAAAUUUGAUUUCUUCACUUGAGUGUGUGAUUUUAAGCUAGAGAUUGAACCACUGUGUUUUGCAGCUUAGGUUAUGCCAUAUUUAUGUUAAUAUACUGUUCUGGAAAGUUUGGUUAGGUUU